GUCAAAAACCCCGAAGCUCUCUGCAGCGCGAAGGACUUGCCCUAAACCCUAAACAAUCCAGUCGUGGUUCUCCCCGUCGAGUAUCGAUUUGGGCUCGGACGUGAGCGUCUGGCAGGAUCGAUGAAUGGCCCGAGAUUCGUCGGGAUCGAUUUGUCGGUCGAGACUGGAUUGUUCGUUCGUGGGCUGUAGGUGCCGUCGAGGGAGGGAGGGCGAGGGUUUACAGGUCGGAACGACUGCGGGAUUGAGAAAGAUAGAAAAGUAAUCUGGCGAGGAGGUGAAAUUCUGGAAUUUGAGGAGAGGGUCGAAAGAUGGCUCACCUCGGAGGAGGAGCAGAAGCGCAUGCGCGGUUUAAGCAGUAUGAAUAUAGGGCUAAUUCGUCACUCGUGCUCACCACUGACACGAGGCCCCGAGACACCCAUGAACCCACAGGUGAGCCUGAGAGUUUGUGGGGAAAGAUCGAUCCGAAGUCUUUCGGCGAUCGUGUUUAUCACGGACGACCCCAGGAGCUAGAGGAAAAGCUCACCAAGGCGAAGAAGAAAAGGGCCGCGAAGGAGAAGGAAAAAUCGUUCGUAGAUGUUCCCAAGAAGGCCAGCAAGAGACAGCGGGCCUCGCAGGAUGAGAGCGUGUUUUCCAUCGUCGAUGAUGGGAUGUACAGACCGAAGACCAAAGAGACGAGAGCUGCGUACGAAGCUCUUCUUAGCACUAUACAGCUCCAGUUUGGCGAUCAACCGCAGGAUAUCCUGAGAGGGGCAGCGGACGAGGUGUUAGCUGUUUUGAAGAAUGACAAGUUCAAGGACCCAGACAAGAAGAAGGAAAUCGAGAAACUUUUGAACACUAUGUCCCAGGAGCGAUUUACGCAGCUUGUUUCCAUAGGAAAGCUGAUAAGUGACUACCACGAAGCGGGGGAGGGAGUCGUGGGUGGAGCCGGCGAGGCUCUAGAUGAUGACAUUGGUGUUGCCGUGGAGUUCGAGGAGGAAGAAGAGGAAGAAGAGAGUGAUUUAGAUGAAGUUCAAGAGGAGAGUGACGGAGAGGAUGAUGGGCAGGAAACGCACGAGAACAAGGGUAUGCAGAUGGGAGGGAUCGACGACGAAGAGAUGGAGGAAGCCGAUGAGGGGUUGAAUGUACAGGAUAUUGACGCAUACUGGCUGCAGAGGAAGAUCUCUCAAGCAUAUGGAGACAUUGAUCCUCAGCAGAGUCAGAAGCUUGCCGAGGAAGUUUUGAAGUAUCUCGCAGAAGGAGAUGACAGAGAUGUAGAAAAUAGGCUGGUCAUGCUUCUAGAUUAUGAUAAAUUCGAUUUAAUCAAGCUCCUCUUGAGAAACAGGCUGAAAGUAGUUUGGUGCACUCGACUAGCCAGGGCCGAAGACGACGAAGCCAAAAAGAAGAUAGAAGAAGAUAUGAGCGAUGAAGGACCUGCUAUGGCAGCCAUUCUUGAGCAGCUUCAUGCCACUAGGGCAACUGCGAAGGAGAGACAGAAAAAUUUAGAAAGAAGUAUUCGAGAGGAGGCCAGGAAGUUGAGAGAUGGAGAGGUCAGUGGGGAGGGCGACAAAGGCAGAAGGUCUGAAACAUAUGGAGCUUCGGAGGGUGGCUGGUUGAAAGGGCAGCGCCAGCUAUUGGACCUGGAACAGCUUUCCUUUCAUCAAGGAGGUUUCCUCAUGGCCAACAAGAGAUGUGAACUUCCUUCGGGUUCCUUCAGAACAGCGAAGAAGGGUUAUGAAGAGGUGCAUGUUCCCGCUCUCAAGGCUAAGCCUUUUGCAGAUGGCGAGGAAUUAGUGAGAAUUGCCGACAUGCCGGAAUGGGCACAACCAGCUUAUGCUGGAAUGACAACCCUGAAUAGGGUACAGAGUAAGGUGUAUGAAACUGCGUUGUUUACGCACGAGAAUCUCCUACUUUGCGCUCCAACAGGAGCUGGUAAGACGAACGUGGCCAUGUUAGCUAUACUGCAUGAAAUUGGAUUGAAAAGGCGAGAAGAUGGCUCCAUCGACUUGAAUGGAUUCAAGAUAGUGUACGUUGCUCCCAUGAAGGCUCUUGUUGCCGAAAUGGUGGGAAAUUUAUCCAACAGGUUGAAGGACUUCGGAGUCUCCGUGAAGGAACUCACUGGUGAUCAAACUCUUUCUCGACAGCAAAUCGAGGAAACUCAGAUUAUCGUCACCACGCCAGAGAAGUGGGACAUUAUCACUCGAAAGUCAGGAGACAGGACUUACACACAGAUGGUAAAGCUUUUAAUUAUUGAUGAGAUUCACCUACUGCACGACAACCGUGGCCCUGUUUUGGAGAGCAUUGUCGCGAGAACUGUGAGGCAGAUCGAGACCACACAAGAUCCCAUUCGGUUGGUGGGUCUGUCUGCCACUUUGCCAAAUUAUGAUGAUGUCGCAAUUUUUUUGCGGGUAGAUAAGACCAAAGGACUCUUUCACUUCGACAACAGCUAUCGGCCUUGCCCUCUGGCUCAACAGUAUAUUGGAAUCACUGUGCGCAAGCCUUUGCAGCGGUUUCAGUUGAUGAACGAAAUCUGCUACGAGAAAGUAAUGGAGGCUGCUGGCAAGCAUCAGAUACUGAUAUUUGUACAUUCUAGAAAAGAGACUGCCAAAACUGCCCGAGCCAUUCGAGAUGCUGCCCUUAGCAACGACACGCUAGGACGAUUCCUGAAGGAGGACAGUGCAAGCAGGGAAAUUUUGCAGACCGAAACUGAAGCAGUGAAGAGUACUGAUCUUAGAGAACUGCUUCCUUACGGUUUCGCAAUACAUCACGCUGGUAUGGCAAGACAAGAUCGUACUCUCGUGGAAGAUCUUUUUGCAGAUGGCCACAUUCAAGUUCUUGUCUCUACCGCCACAUUAGCCUGGGGUGUGAAUCUUCCUGCACACACCGUGAUCAUCAAAGGAACGCAGAUUUACAAUCCUGAGAAAGGAUCUUGGACGGAAUUAAGUCCUUUGGAUGUUAUGCAGAUGCUAGGUCGUGCUGGUAGGCCACAGUACGAUACCAACGGACUGGGUAUUAUAAUCACUGGUCAUCCCGAGUUGCAAUACUACUUGUCGCUCAUGAAUCAGCAACUUCCUAUUGAAAGUCAGUAUAUCUCCAAGCUGGCUGAUAAUCUGAACGCUGAAAUUGUGCUCGGAAGUGUCCAAAAUGCUCGUGAGGCUUGUACAUGGUUGGGAUACACUUACCUCUACAUCAGAAUGCUGCGCAACCCGACUCUGUACGGUGUAAGCGUCGAUGCGUUGAAGUCAGACACCACGUUAGAGGAGCGACGAGCUGAUCUCAUUCAUUCAGCCGCAUGCGUUCUCGACAAGAAUAAUCUCGUGAAGUACGAUCGGAAGGGUGGCUACUUUCAAGUCACUGACCUGGGACGUAUUGCUAGUUACUAUUACAUCACUCAUGGGACCAUGGCCACUUACAAUGAGCAUUUGAAGCCUACCAUGGGGGAUAUUGAACUCUGUAGAUUGUUCUCCCUUAGCGAAGAGUUCAAGUUUGUGUCAGUCAGAGAAGAGGAGAAGAUGGAGCUCGCGAAAUUGCUGGAUCGGGUGCCGAUCCCUGUGAAGGAAAGCCUAGAGGAGCCUAGUGCCAAAAUCAACGUUCUGUUGCAGGCUUAUAUCUCACAACUAAAGCUCGAAGGAUUGUCCUUGACAUCGGACAUGGUGUUCAUUACCCAGAGCGCUGGUCGUUUGAUGCGCGCACUAUUCGAGAUUGUGCUGAAGCGUGGGUGGGCACAGCUGGCCGAGAAAGCGUUGUCCUUGUGCAAAAUGGUUCAGCGUCAGAUGUGGAGCAGUCAGACGCCCUUGCGUCAGUUCAAGGGCAUACCAAAUGACAUCUUGAGCAAGGUUGAGAAGAAGGACCUGGCGUGGGACCGCUACUAUGAUCUUUCUUCGCAGGAAAUUGGAGAACUCAUAAGAUUUCCCAAGAUGGGAAAGACCAUACACAAGUUCAUUCAUCAGUUUCCAAAGCUUGAGCUGGCAGCUCACGUGCAACCUAUCACCCGUUCUAUUUUAAAAGUUGACCUUACAAUCACUCCAGACUUCCAGUGGGAUGAGAAAAUUCACGGCUAUGUGGAGCCAUUUUGGAUCAUAGUAGAGGAUAACGAUGGAGAAAACGUACUCCACCACGAGUACUUCUUGCUCAAGAUGCAGUAUGUGGAAGAGGACCACAACUUGAACUUUACCGUUCCCAUCUACGAGCCGCUGCCUCCACAGUAUUUCAUCAGAGUAGUUUCUGACAAGUGGCUUGGCGCUGAAACUGUGCUGCCUGUCUCGUUUCGGCACUUGAUAUUGCCAGAGAAAUACCCACCACCUACUGAGCUUCUUGACCUUCAGCCUCUGCCAGUGUCUGCUCUGCGAAACCCUUCGUAUGAAGCCCUCUACCAACAGUUUAGACACUUCAACCCGAUACAGACGCAGGUUUUCACGGUCUUAUACAAUACCGAUGACAAUGUUCUUGUAGCAGCUCCUACGGGAAGUGGUAAGACUAUUUGUGCUGAGUUCGCUGUUCUUCGAAUGCUACAGAAAGGAGGAGAGAAUGGCACUAGUCGCUGCGUGUACAUUGCUCCUGUGGAGGCUCUGGCUAAAGAAAGGUACAGAGACUGGGAAGGCAAAUUUGGGAAGGGCCUUGGAGUCCGAGUUGUAGAGCUUACUGGUGAAACAGCUACCGAUAUGAAGCUUUUGGAGAAAGGACAGAUCAUCAUCAGUACACCGGAAAGAUGGGAUGUCCUCUCCCGACGGUGGAAGCAAAGGAAGCAUGUACAACAAGUCAGUCUUUUUUUGGUGGACGAACUUCACCUGAUUGGAGGUGAAGGAGGUCCUGUCCUAGAGGUGAUUGUUUCUAGGAUGCGCUACAUUGGAAGUCAGCCGGACAGUCAGAUUCGUAUUGUGGCUUUGUCUACGUCUUUAGCUAAUGCGAAGGACCUUGGGGAGUGGAUAGGCGCCAGCUCACACGGACUGUUCAACUUUCCUCCCGGGGUGCGACCAGUACCUCUUGAAAUACAUAUUCAAGGUGUGGACAUUGCAAAUUUCGAAGCUCGUAUGCAGGCAAUGACCAAGCCUACUUACACCGCAAUUGUCCAGCACGCAAAAGGUGGAAAGCCCGCUUUGAUAUUCGUGCCCACGCGGAAGCAUGCUCGGCUCACUGCUUUGGAUCUGGUUACUUACUCAACAGCAGAUGGUGGAGAACGACCUCAGUUCUUGGAGUGCACUGAAGACGACUUGGCUCCAUUCCUGGCCAAAGUCAAAGACGAUGCAUUGAAACACGCUCUGAGUAAUGGUGUCGGUUAUCUACACGAGGGUUUGAGUCUCAUGGAACAGGAGGUCACAGCUGAGCUCUUUAAAGCUGGUGCUAUCCAGGUGGUUGUUGCCAGCAGCAGUAUGUGUUGGGGUAUGACAUCUUCAGCACAUUUGGUAGUGGUGAUGGGUACGCAGUAUUUUGAUGGGCGUGAGAACGCUCACACAGAUUAUCCAAUUACAGACCUUUUGCAGAUGAUGGGUCGGGCCAGUAGGCCACUGCUCGAUACAUCGGGAAAAUGUGUGAUUCUUUGCCACGCACCAAGGAAGGAAUAUUACAAGAAGUUCUUGUACGAACCUUUUCCGGUCGAAAGUCAUUUGGAUCAUUACCUACAUGACCACCUGAAUGCGGAAGUAGUGGUACGGACCAUCGAGAACAAGCAAGACGCAGUGGACUACUUGACCUGGACCUUCAUGUAUAGAAGGUUAACUCAGAAUCCAAACUACUACAACCUACAGGGAGUGAGUCAUCGUCACCUUUCAGAUCAUCUCUCAGAGCUCGUGGAGGUGACAAUUUCUGAGCUGGAGUCUAGCAAGUGUGUGAUGAUCGAAGAUGAUAUGGACCUUUCCCCUCUGAAUCUGGGUAUGAUUGCUGCAUACUAUUACAUCAAUUAUACGACGAUAGAGCUUUUCAGCUCUUCUUUGACAGCGAAGACCAAGAUGAAGGGUCUCUUAGAGAUCUUGGCUGCAGCAUCGGAGUAUUCACGGUUGCCUAUGCGACCAGGUGAGGACGAGAUGGUGCGCAAGCUCAUAAACCAUCAGAGGUUCUCAGUGGACAAACCCAAGUACGCAGAUCCUCAUGUUAAGGCAAAUGCUCUUUUGCAAGCCCAUUUCUCGAGACACACGGUGUCCGGCAACCUAGCUCUGGAUCAACGAGACGUUUUGGUCGACGCCAGUCGCUUGCUACAAGCUAUGGUGGACGUGAUAUCCAGCAGUGGAUGGCUAAAUCCUGCCCUCGCGUCGAUGGAGCUCAGCCAGAUGGUUACGCAGGGUCUCUGGGAGCGGGAUUCCGUUUUACUGCAGUUGCCUCAUUUUACCAAGGAAUUAGCAAAGAGGUGUCAGGAUAACCCUGGGAAGCCUAUUGAAACUGUCUUCGACCUUGUUGAAAUGGAGGAUUCAGAGAGGAGGGAGCUUCUGCAGAUGACCAGCGCACAGUUGCUGGAUAUCGCCAGAGUUUGCAAUCGAUUUCCGAACAUUGACCUUGGAUAUGAUGUACUGGACAAGGAGGACAUCUCCACGGGAGAAACGGUGACCUUGCAAGUCACUCUCGAGAGGGAACUGGAGGCACGGCAGGAGCUUGGGCCUGUGGAUGCACCGAGGUUUCCUAAGCCCAAGGAGGAGGGUUGGUGGCUGGUGGUUGGAGAGCCGAAGAACAAUCAACUUCUAGCUAUCAAGCGAGUUUCCUUACAGCGGAAAGCCCGAGUGAAGCUUGACUUCACAACUCCGUCUGAACCUGGGAAGAAAACGUACACCUUGUACUUCAUGUGCGAUGCCUACCUUGGUUGUGAUCAGGAGUACGAGUUCACGAUAGAUGUCAAGGAAGGCGUGGAUGACGAGGAUGAGGGGAAACCUAUGGAGCAGUAGCUUGAACUUACUUCAGGAAUGCGAAUUCUGGUGUGGGUAUUCCAGUUUUUAAUGGCGAUGUAGAUAAAUACCCACGUGUAUUACACAUCUGUAUCGUUCACCUGCCUUUUUUUCCAGGUGCUUUGUAACAUAGUUGCUGAGAUGCUGUGAUUCGUGUAUGUAUCUGUUCUAUGUGAGACAUGCAAAAUAUUCCUAAUGA